AUGAACUCGCUUCCACCAGGUGUCAAGAAAUUGGCGUCUCGACGAAUGACACUACGACGAUGUCGAAGCGAGCCGUCAAAUUUCAUCGCCGACACGAUUAAUAUGACGAGCCGCACCGAACCGGAAUGGAGUGUUCAAGUUGAUUCGGUGUCGCUUCAAUCGUCAUAUUUGGAGUAUCGCAAGAAGCGCGGCGAUCGCCUCCGAAAAAUGCAGCCGACGGCGAGCACGACAUCUUCCUCAUCGAGUUGUCGAGAGCAUAAAUCACGACGAAUGACGCAUGAGGAUGAGAAGAAUGAAACGAAAAAUCAAGAUUUCUCAUUGGAAAUUUGCUCAGACUUAUUCACCGAAAUUUCGCCGAGUCUCGCCAAAAAGGUCAACUACGAGGAGGAAAUUAGAUCGUUCAUCGAAAAAAAUAUGCUAAGCAAUGCAAACAUUUUUGCCGAUCCGUUUGACUCGGAUGACAGACGAAGCCGGACUGAACAGUGGGUUGACUCGACUGAAGAAUCAUUAGUAUCGUCGACGGUUUCAAUGAGCAGCCUUAAACGGUCGACGUUCAAGCAGAAUCUGGACGCUGCCACCGAAGCUCAAAGCGAGAUUGAUCUUAGCGAAAUUGAUAGAUUUUGGGAUUAUCUCUAUGAGGAGAAAAACGUGAGCGCUCAGACAUCGUCGAAGCCAAUUUUGUCGUCGUUGACUUCAUCCGAGGACAUCAGGUCGCUUGAUAAUCGUCCACCGAAGAAUUUGGACACCUCGUCGUCGAUUGUCUCAACGAUUUCGAAAAUGGACGAAAAGGAUCGUGAAAUUGAAGAAUAUUCGACGGAACUCAAAUAUUUUAGUCUUGUUGAGGCGAAAAAUGAAGGGAUUUGCUUGAAAAAUGCGGCUUCUCAAACGUUUGAAUUCGACGAUGAAAAUGGGUCGUCGGAUUGCAAAUUUUUGGCGAGAAAAAAAUCGGAGAAUUUGAGACUUCCAACUCGCUCAAAUCAUCAACUAUUGGGGAUUUUGAAAAUUCUGGUGUCGGAGAGGGAUCGCUCAAAAUAUGCGCUGAACAUUCUGCCAGCGAGAAUUUCGAAUGAACUCAGCGAGGAAUGCAAUUAUUAUCAGACGCGAUAUCGGAUCAAAAUUGAGGAGAACAAAAUUCGAUUGGAUAGGAAAAUUGAAGAGGUUUGGUCUAAAAUUCAAUCGGAGACUUUAAACGAGUCGGCUAGAAUUUUAAAAAACCAACUUCUCAAAUUUGAGGUUCAAAAAUUCUCCAGCGCUCAAUUUCGCAAUGACACCCAAAAAAGGGAAAGGCACAUCGGCAUAUCACCGAUUCGCCUCCAUUCAAAGUCUUCGAAGCUGUCUUCAACUGAAUUGUCUCGUGGAAUGAGAAAGGGCCAAAAUGUGACUGAUAGUGCGGCAAUCAAGGGUGUGGGAGCGGCGGCUGCUGCUCGCCACACCAGUCCUGACACCUGCGCAGGAGGCAACAUCAAGGAUGCACGAGAUUUCCAAUGCUCACUCGCCGAUCUUCGCGGUCUUAUGGAGGCGCGUGGAGCCGAGGCGAUCGUUCGUCUGUCCACUGAACACGAUGGUGUCGAGGGUCUGUGCCAAAAAUUGAAGACCGAUCCGCUCAAGGGUCUCAGCGGCGAGGCGGCGGACCUCGAGAAGCGUCGUCACGUCUAUGGCGCCAACACGAUACCGCCGGCGAAAAGCAAAAGUUUCAUUCGUCUCGUUUUCGACGCGUGCCGCGAUCCGACGCUGAUCAUUCUCGUGCUCUCUGGUUUUGUCAAUCUUGCGCUUUCAUUCUACGAGCCAUCAUCAUCAUCGUCUGACAGCAGCUCCGAUGAUGGUGGCGUCAAUUCGACGAUGGUGGCGAAUGCGACAAUGGCCGCAAUUGCGGCGAUCGCCAACUCGACCGUCCUACCAUUCAUUUCUACUAUUUCUACUACUACUACUGAGGCACCAACUGAGGGACAUGGAACCGCUUGGAUCGAAGGCGUUGCGAUUCUACUUUGCGUCAUCGUCGUCGUGCUGGUCACCGCCAUCAACGACUACUCGAAAGAGCGCCAAUUCCGAAGUCUUCAGGCGAAAAUCGAAACCGGCCAAAAAUUCUCGGUGAUUCGCAACGGCGAGGCGAUCGAUGUUCCCGUGUCGGAUCUCGUCGUCGGCGACAUCGCGCGCGUCAAAUAUGGCGAUUUGCUGCCGGCCGAUGGGUUUUUGAUUCAGAGCAACGAUUUGAAGAUCGAUGAAUCGUCGUUGACUGGCGAAUCGGAUCACAUCAAGAAGAGCGUCGAAUCGGAUCCGGUCCUUUUGUCGGGAACAUACGCGAUGGAGGGUUCCGGAAAAAUGGUUGUGACGGCUGUUGGUGUCAACUCUCAAACUGGAAUUAUAAUGACAUUGCUUGGCGCUGGAAAAGCUGGAGUUGAUGAUGACGAUUCGACAUCAACAUCGUCGAGCAGCUCGUCGUCGUCAUCGUCGUCGGGCGGCUCGUCAAACGCCACUUCUGAUUCGUCGAAAUCAUCGGCUGACGACGAUUUGUCGGCGAAAUCAGUGCUCCAGGCGAAAUUGUCGAAACUUGCCCUACAAAUCAUUUAUUGUGGAACGUCGGUAGCUAUUGUUGCGCUUAUUGUGUUGAUUACCCGCUUCUGCAUAGAACACUAUGUUAUUGGAAAAUAUGAGUUCUCUCUCAUCGACGUGCAGAUGUUUGUGAAAUUCUUCAUCAUCGCCGUCACGAUUCUCGUGAUUUCGAUUCCCGAAGGUCUUCCGUUGGCGAUUGCGCUGGCAUUGACAUAUUCGGUGAAAAAGAUGAUGUACGACAACAAUUUGGUUCGUCAUCUCGAUGCAUGCGAAACGAUGGGAAACGCGACGUCGAUUUGCUCGGACAAAACGGGCACGUUGACGACGAACCGGAUGACCGUCGUUCAGAGUUACAUCAAUGGCAAUCACUAUGCGACCCAGGAUGCCCAACCGCAUGGAUCCGCGUUGCCGGGAAUCACUGGCCCAAUUCUCAUGGAGGCUAUUUCCAUCAACAGCGCCUAUAACUCAAUGAUUGUUGAGCCGACCAAACCGGGAGAGCAAAUGCAACAGCUCGGCAACAAGACGGAAUGCGGAUUGCUUGGAUUCGUCAAUCGACUCGGCGGCGACUACGCGGCGAUUCGAAAGAAGUACCCCGAACACGAUCUUGUUAAGGUGUACACAUUCAAUUCCUCGCGAAAAUGCAUGAUGACGGUAAUCCCAUUGAACGAGAACGGACAAUCCAUCGGUUAUCGUGUGUUCUGUAAAGGAGCGUCCGAAAUUGUGCUCAGCAAAUGCACGUACCUUUUGGGAUCCGGUGGAAAACCGCAUCCGCUCACCAGCGAUCGUUUGAAGGAAAUUACAUCGACUAUAAUCCAUGAGAUGGCGAACAGCGGCUUGAGAACAAUUUGUAUUGCGUAUAAGGAUUACGUGAGAACGAGCGCACGCGAACCGACAAAAACCGAGAUCGCAUUCGGCGAAGAAUCGGAGAUUGAUUGGGACGAUGAGGAGGCGAUGUAUAACAAUUUUGUCGGCAUUGCGAUUUGCGGAAUUCAGGAUCCCGUGCGUCCCGAGGUGCCGGAAGCGAUAUCGAAAUGCAAAAAGGCUGGCAUCACUGUUCGCAUGGUGACCGGAGAUAAUAUAAUGACGGCGCGCGCCAUCGCCACCGAAUGCAAGAUUCUCGAGCCCGGCGAGGAUUUUCUCGCGAUGGAAGGCCACGAGUUCAACGAGCGGAUUCGCGAUGAGAAUGGAAAAGUGUCGCAGGCGAAACUCGACGAGAUUUGGCCGAGACUUCGCGUGUUGGCGAGAGCCCAACCGGCUGACAAAUACACGCUCGUCAAGGGCAUCAUUGACUCGAAGGCGACGCCGCAACGCGAAAUUGUCGCCGUGACUGGCGACGGUACAAACGAUGGUCCGGCUCUUAAGAAGGCCGACGUUGGAUUUGCGAUGGGAAUUGCUGGAACUGACGUCGCCAAAGAAGCGUCGGAUAUUAUUUUGACGGAUGACAACUUCACGUCAAUUGUGAAAGCGGUGAUGUGGGGAAGAAACGUCUACGAUUCGAUAUCGAAAUUCUUGCAAUUCCAAUUGACCGUCAACGUCGUCGCUGUGAUCACGGCGUUCAUCGGCGCGGUCACCGUGUCGGAUUCGCCGCUCAAAGCGGUCCACAUGCUUUGGAUCAAUUUGAUUAUGGACACACUUGCGUCGUUGGCGUUGGCCACCGAAGCUCCAACCGAUGAUUUGCUCAAUAGAAAACCGUAUGGAAGAAAGAAGUCGCUCAUCUCGCGAACAAUGGUCAAAAACAUAUUGUGCCACGCGUUGUACCAGCUCGUCAUCAUUUUCGUCAUCUUCUUCUACGGACCCCAAAUGUUCGGCAUUCAGAGCGGUUUGUACGCGCCGCUUUUCGCGCCGCCGUCGCAACAUUUCACCAUUGUGUUCAACGCGUUUGUAAUGAUGACCGUGUUCAAUGAGAUCAACGCGCGAAAAGUUCACGGCGAACGCAAUGUGUUCACGGGAUUGCUUCAAAAUCGUGUGUUCUGCGUGAUUUGGAUUACGACGUUCAUCGCUCAGAUUUUCAUUAUUCAAUUUGGUGGAGCUUGGUUCUCGACUCAUCCUCUCACGAUUCCACAGUGGAUCGUCUGCAUUGCCCUCGGCGUGUCGACGCUUCUCUGGGGACAAGUGGUCGCAACGAUUCCAUCGAAAAAAUUGCCAAAGACGUGGAAGGUCGGCAAAGGCGAAGUCGAGCCGGCGAAAUUGCACAUCAACGGCGAUUAUAAUGUGCGCGCGAGAUCGCGAGCAUUGACGAUGCGACGAAGCGGAAAGACGCUCUGGAUGCGCGGAAUGUUCCUCAUCGGAAAUCAUCUUCGUGUUCUUCGCGCAUUCCAAAUGGAUAAGAAUGAGAAGGCCAUGUUCGGACGAACGGCGCCGGCGAUGACAGCGGAAGCGGCCGAGAGAUGGCGUGCCAGUUAUCGAAGAUAUCGCCAUCAGAAGCACCAGGAGAAGCGCGCUGCCGCUGAAACUGCCGAAAGUGUGAAAUCGGCCGAUUGGGCGAAAGAGCAGAAGGAGAAGAAGAAGACGUUCAGACAGAUCAAGCAGGUGGCUCGCGGGAAGAGUGUCGACAAGGAGAACAAAAAGCAUCAUCAUCACAAAAAACGAAGCGAGACCGCCGUUGAGAUGGACGACAUCGAAUUGAAUUGA